CGCUUGCGCUGCUGGCCCGCUUUUGCCUCCUCCGCCUUCCCCAUGUAGGUCUUUCGGGAGGUAGCAGGUCGGCGCGGAGCCACUUUAAUUCCCGGAGCUGAAGGUCUCCUCCCGCAUCCCCAUCUAGGCAGAGCGAUGGUAGCUAUUCGUUUGGGGAAGCAUGGCCCGAGUGGGCAGGAUUGCAGGUGGAUCAUGCAGAGAUAGCAGAUUUGUAAUCGGGAAGGGGGAGUUCCUCCUCAGUUCCCCCCCCCCCCCCGCGACGUUUGCAAAUCGGCGUCGCUGCAGCGUUUCUCUGCGCGAUGGUGUCAUUUUGCGCCCGAGGUUGGGGAGGCCGAAGGAGACGCUUUUUAAAAAUUAAAAAACAAAAGCCGGAGCCCGAUCUUGUGCGUGCCUGCUCGAAAUGGCUGCGAUGUGCAUAGGCAAUGCAUGACUCCGCCGCUCCUCUUCCUGCCGUACGUGCCCGUACAACCCGGUCCUCGCAGCAGCCCCAAAGCCAGCCGGACCCGAAAGCGGCUGCCGCUGCUUCUGCUGCUUCCCCGCUAAGCUAAACCACCCAGCCGUCCAUGUACAUAGCGGGGCCGGUUACCGCCGCCGCCGCGUCUGCUCGAGAGCGCCGAAGGGGAGAGAGAACCCGCGCCGUUCCUGCUGCCUUUUCUCCGGAGGAGGGCGAGCAGGAUGCUGCGCGAAGCGCGCCGCUGAACUAUGGAAGGAGUUCUGUACAAGUGGACCAAUUACAUCACAGGCUGGCAGCCUCGCUGGUUUGUUCUUGAUAACGGGAUAUUGUCUUACUACGAUUCGCAGGAUGAUGUUUGCAAAGGCAGCAAAGGCAGCAUAAAGAUGGCAGUGUGUGAAAUCAAAGUUCACCCGACAGACAGCACCAGAAUGGAGUUAAUCAUCCCAGGGGAACAGCAUUUCUACAUGAAAGCCGUUAAUGCAGCUGAACGGCAGAGGUGGCUGGUAGCCCUGGGGAGCUCGAAAGCCUGUUUGGCAGACACCAGAACUAAAAAAGAAAAAGAAGUUAAUGAAACCAAUGAAUCUCUGAAAACCAAAAUGUCUGAGCUUCGUCUCUACUGUGACCUCCUAAUGCAGCAGGUGCAUACAAUCCAAGAAUACGUUCACCAUGAUGAAAAUCACUUGUCGCCCAGCAUUGAGAAUAUGAACGAAGCGUCCUCCUUGCUCAGCGCUACCUGUGACACGUUUAUCACGACCCUCGAAGAAUGUGUGAAAAUAGCAAACGCCAAGUUCAAGCCAGAGAUGUUUCAGUUGCCUCACCCCGAUCCUUUAGUUUCUCCUGUGUCGCCUUCACCUGUGCAAAUGAUGAAACGUUCUGUUAGCCACCCAGGUACUUGUAAUCCAGAGAGGAACAGCCACUCGAUAAAAGAACCAAAUUCCUCUUCUCACCGGUCAUCCCAAAGGUGUAGAAGGACAGUGUUAGAUCCAGAACCUUCUGUAGAUGUUCCCCCUGACGAUAUAGACAGACCAGCAUACUGUUCCAGGCAUACUCUCAAUGGAGACUUGGCGCCUUCAACCAUUUCCGACACAGCCCUGUUGGUGUCAAAGAAACAAUCAGAACGUGAAGAGACUCUACCGCCUACAACCUGAAGAACUGAAGGGAAUCACCUUUCUCUAAGUAAUGCUAUGCAAAAGCUGCUGUACUUCUACUGUUGUCGUAGGGGGUAGUUUGUUCCCUGUGCGAAGGAUUUCUCUGCACUUUAUAGAAUAAUGUAAAAACUAACUUCAAAGCGUAUUUUAUCUUUAUAUAGUUUAAUGGCGAGAAUAUUUUCCUACAACCUUCAGUUUGUGCAUUUUUGAAACAAAUUAUGGUCCGGCGGAUAGGUAUGUACCUUUGCAAAUGUAGCCCUCCUUUUUACAAAGUGUGAUGGUCAUUUAGAGCCUUGACAAAAAAAAAAAAGUUUUACAUUUGGGGUAGGGGAAACUUGUGCCAUAGACUCACUUGAUCACGUCGUUGCUUUGCUGGUACAAUAUCCUAUUCUUGCACACAGUUCCCUUCCUAUUGAAUUGAGUGGCAGUGCUACCGUAUUAUUAUUAUUAUUAUUAUUAUUAUUAUUAUUAUUAUUAUUAUGGCUCCUGGUUGCACCUUUCCUGCCAGGGGAUGCUUUUUCUCACAUUUAGACUGCGACGGUAUUCCUAAAACAUGGUUUAUUGGUAAUUUAAUAUUUCUCCCUUCUUAAAAACCGUGGUGUACAUAAGGGCAUAAUCUCUGCAACUUUGAUCUCUUCCGUCUCGUUGGAAUUAGUGACACUUGAGUAUAGUAUCAGGGCAUGUUCUAGCCAAAAUUAAGCCCUCGGAAACCCUCUUGAGUGUGAAACCAAUGAGAUUUUAGCCUGCUUAGGUUUGGGAAAAUCUUGCUCUAUUUCUUAAAUUCCAUCCUUUUUCCUCUUUCCUUUCCUGUGCCUUUUCUUUUCUUGGACUCAGAACACCUACAUUUCUCUGGCUUGCACCCAAAGCCUAGCCAAUUAAAAAAAGUGUUAGAUGUGAAGUAUUUUUCUAAAUAGUGAUAUAAAUUAUCUGAUUUUCGAGGCAUUAUACAUGGGGUAAAGGUAUUUUAACGUUUUGAUGUAUUUAUUCCUUUUUGCACCACAAAAUGCCUCGUUGUCAAUACUUGGGUGGGGUGGGGGGGUGAGACAUGCUUAAUCGUUGUUGAGGUGUGUUCCAUUACUAAAUAGCAUUGUUUUUUAAAAAUUGUGGGACAUGAUCCAACCCAAAGUGUGCACUUCAUUUCAGUUGAAGAGUAUGUAAAGCACAUGGGACUCAGAAAUACUUGACUUCGGCUGGAUUCUGCCCCUGCUUUUCGCUAAACAGCAAGAUAUCCUUGACGUGUCUUUUUACCAAAGUGUUAUUUUAGCGCCGGUUUCUAAAAUAUGCUCUUGAGAGGCUGUUGUAACGUAUUCAUAGCUGCAGUUGUACAUUUCUUUACGACCUAUUUAUACCAAAGGGGGAGGGUGGCUUUUAUCAUUGUGAGUCCAAUAACUUCAAGAAGAGCAUACAUGUACAGCAAUAUUCUCCUCUCAGUUAACUUGAAUGACAAAUAUGAACUCAUUUCUAAUUGAGCCGAGAAACAUACUCUGAACUAGAGAAUGAACCAUGUAACUUAACCACCACCUACCAUACAUUCUGGGCCCAGUUUGUCAGAAACCUUUCUUGCACGGGCUGUUUUUUUUGCAAAAAAGCAAAGGUGGAAAAUGCAGCUUAAAUUUCAGCAAGGUUUGCACAGAAAUUUCUGAGGAAUUGAGCCCAAAGUUGUUAGUGUUUUGAAAUGUAAAUUCUUUUGUUUUUGUAUUCACUUUGGGAUAAACUUGGUAUAUUAUGUCUUGGCCAUGGAGCACUUUUUAAAAAAAAUGUUAAAAAAAGAAGAAGCUUUCUUUUAAAAUGUAAGUGUUCAAUAAAUGCAGUUUUUACACGCAGGCAUGCACAACUUUGUUUUCUGGUCAAAUCUUUUAGGCUACAUUUGGUUCCUGUUAGGAUGCUUUCAUUUGGUAGUCAUAAGGUUGCUUUCAGGAGCUUCAUCGUGUGUAAAAGUAAUGCACAGCAAGGUGAGAGGAAUCACACUCUUCUGUCGUCCCCCCCAACCCCAGCUGCAGAAGUAAAAUAACACACAUUUUUUAAAAUUAAUGAAACAAGUAGCAACAACAACAAAACAGCCCAACCCAAUGAAGAUUGAGCAUGCACAAUUGAGUGCCAGUUUGGAGAACAAGAAAACAGGGGAGAAGGUAGAAUGGAGUAUCCCACAGGAAGACAUGGCUGGCUGGAACCAACAGGAACAUACCCUUAAGGUGAGGAUACGCAGCAAGAACUUCACUGCUUGACUACUGUACUGCCAAAAACCUUGCCUAAUAUUGUCUGGCUAGGCUUCCCACUAUCUUUAUAUAGCAGCUAAAAUUCAGAGUGGUUCAUUUCCUCCAUUUUCUUCUCCAAAUUCAGUUGUAUGCUCUGCUCCAUUCAGGGAUUUCUCUCGUCUCUUUCCAUCUGCCUGCCUUUCUGCAAGCAAAUUGCUGGUGCUGUGAUUAAUAUAAAUUACUGAGAUCCACUGAUACACUACAUUCUUGGCUUCUUGACUCCAGUAUGAACCCAUGUUGUGUUUCAGGACUUCUGUUUUUUCUUCACAGCCUGCCCACGAGUUUCUAACAUUCUUUUUUGUUUCCUUUUUCUGCACUAUUUUUCACUGAUGUACGCAUAAGAUAAAGUGUGUUGGAGUUUACUAUGUUCACAGACUCCUAAAAGGGAUGGUGUCUUGGGCCUUUAAAAAAAUUAGUCCAGUCUCUUGUGCCAAAUAAAUAAUAAACAAAAACCAAUCACUAGCUUCUGGCUGAUGGUUUGCUGGGCAUGAUAUGGCAGCUCUGGUUCACCAGGUCUUGCUGCUACUACUUGAGCUGCAGUGAUCAUUAUGGACAUGUCAGUUUGGUACAGAUUCCAGACUGCAUUUUGUGGAGCUGUGAAAAAGCAGCAGAGACCUGAUUAUAAAGCCUUAAACGGCUCAGGACUGCAGUUCUUCAAGGAACGCCUUUCCCCCCAUGAACCUACCCAGACCCUCCUUUGUGUGCCUCCUCAAGAGGAAUGGAGGGUGGCAACACGGGAACGGGCCUUUUCUGCAGUGGCUCCCCAUCUGUGGAAUGCUCUCCCCAGGGAAGUUUGUCUGGCACCUUCAUUAUACACCUUAAGGCGCUAUGCAAAAACAUUCCUUUUUAACCAGGCCUUUAAUUGAUUUGAUUUGACAUCCUAUGCCCUUUUAAAAUGUGGGGUUUUUGUGUGUGUGUGUGUGUGUGUGUGUGUGUGUGUGUGUGUGUGUUAUUAGGUGGUUGUUUUUAUUUUGAUUAUAUAUUUUGUGGUUUUAUAUUUUGAUUUUGUUCUGCGAACCACCCUGAGACCUCCUGAUAUAGGGUGGUAUAUAAAUUCAAUAAACAGAAUAAAAUAAAUAGCCAUAAUCUGAAAGUCACAUGCCAGCUCCUAUUACAUGACGUGGCAUUUUGGAACAAGGGAUGAAUAGGAAAGGAAAGAUACCAAAAUAAACUAGCAUUUGGGGGGGGGUUGCAUUAGGGGGCCUCAGCUUCAUCAGGCUAAUUCCUGUGUAAUGACGCCAUAUUCAGAUUUGGAAUUGGACAUUUUUGUAGCUGAACCAAAGUAUGAAAUGGUGCCUUGUCUCUCUCAUAUUGAGCAUAGACUCUGACUCCUGGGGAAGGAGUCUUGGAGCGCUUGGACACAUUACCUCUGCCCCAGUGGGUUAUUAAAUCCUAAUGGCAUACCACCCUCAUCCAUCUCAAAACCCCAAUAGACAGCCAACAUCUGCUGAGAUCCAAAGUACCGUAUUUCCAUAGUUCAAGGAGCUGAAAGAGCAUGGCAGGCUAAAAGGAAUUGGGAAAUGGGGGAAGAAAGACAAAGUGGAAAAGCUCUGCCUGAUAUCCUGCAGAGCUGCUGCCAGUUGGUGUAGGUACUACUAGGCCACAUGGACAAAUAUUCUGCUCUGCUAUAAGACAGCUUCCUGUGUUCCUGAAUUUUCAAAUUUGCUGGGGCACCUGAAAGCCAAAUGGACACGCAAAUCUCUGGCUUCUGGCGGCAUCCCCUGCAGUUAUCUUCCUAGGAAAGGUCCCAAGUGGGAGUGGGAGUGAGCGGUUUGUUCAUUUGCGUUCCUGCAUUUUGCUGUUGUGGAUCUUUUUCUUUUGCAUAGCUUCAAGUGGUGACAUCAUUGCAUAACCAUAACGGUUCACAGUUGUUGCCAGUGGAGUUUAAGCAGCUGAGCCAACAGCUGAGGAGUGAAUUUGAGGGAAACAGAAGCCUAAAGCUUGUAGGGUAGAAGCUGACAAAAGGGGACCCCACUCUUUUGCUACCUCUCCCCUCCCUCCCUUCCCAGCCCUGCCAUUUCAUUGUACUUCAGUAAUUAACACUACAAUACAACUGAACACACCUGUGAAGAUCAUUAUCGAUACCGCGCGUAGCGUUUAUACACUACUGCAUUUAGUUCUCUUUUCAGCACACCAUAACACCUCCGUCGGUGCAUGGCUGGGACUGAAGAAGGCAAGAAGUGCUGACAGGCCUAGGUGUUUGCUUUCUUGGCCUCCUAAUGAGUAUCUCUCUCUUUUUUUAAAAGGUACAAAUAAAUGAAAUCAUUUUAGGUUAUAAUAUUUCACUUGUAAAACACACUUUCCCCCCCCUGGCCAAUGCCUUCCACUUUUAUGACUAUUUUUACCUCAGCCUAUUGACUUUGAGGCCUCAUCCCACUACCUUCUUUUAUUGCUAACUAGCUGGCCCUGCCAUGCAUUGCUGUGGCUCAUCCGUGUGAUUCACCCCACCCUGUCCUGACACGUACCCUCCUCCCUGCACCCCCUGACUCGUCCCUGUGACUGGCCCCACCGUGUCCUGACCUGUCCUGUCCCCUCCUCCCCCCAACCCCCACCCAGGCGAGUCAGUACCUCCAUUUGGCCUAGUCUGUAAAGGCUUCGGCCUAGUAUGUAAACGGGAGCCGAGGUGCUGUUGAGAGGGAAGGUUUUAGGUGCAGUACCAGUGUAGCCGCUGCUAGAGGGUGCUGUUUUGCAGCCUGGUUCUUUUCCCAGCAUGCAUUUUUGCCUGA